AUGUCGUCGGAUCACUCUUGGUCCGUGAAGAGCUUGCCCUCGAGGGGCGCGAGCGGUCCUGUACCCCAUUCUACAGAGAGCUUUUCAGCACCACACACAGCUCUGAAAGGCCUGAAUCCCCUCACCUCAAAGGUCACCAGCGUCCUCUCAACGACGCACUCAGAUACCGAAUUCAGAGACGCGCUCUUACUUCUCGAUCAAAGAGGGAUUCAAAAUGAUGCCGAGACCCGCCGUCGGCUUCGCCUAGAUCUACAGAAGGAAGUAAUUGACAGCAAUGCUGAGGUUAUCACAGAAUUCGGCCGUGUUGCAGAGCAACUGCGACGAAUCAAGACCACUCUCGACAAGCUCAAUACUGGAUACGAAGAUAUGAAGGGCCAGGUCGUUGCGGCCCAUACCCAAACCUCUUCGGCAUUAUCUGAAGCGUCGUCCCUUUUAGAACAACGGAAACAAGUCGAAGUCAAACAAGAACUCCUUGGCGCCUUCAAGAAACAUUUCAUCAUGUCAGAAAAUGAAGUCGCUGCGCUAACAAUGACGGCUGAGCCGGUGGAUGACCGAUUUUUUGAGUCUCUAAGCAAAGCAAAAAAGAUUAGCAGAGACUGCGAGAUCUUGCUCGGCUUCGAAAAGCAGACACUGGGCUUGGAGCUGAUGGAACAGACGUCGAAAAACAUCAACCUCGGCUUCCAAAAGCUCUAUAAGUGGAUACAAAGAGAGUUUAAAACUUUGAACCUUGAGAAUCCGCAAAUGAACGCGUCCAUUCGACGCGCUCUCCGAGUCCUAGCUGAGAGGCCGUCUCUCUUCCAGAAUUGCCUCGACUUCUUUGCCGAGGCCCGAGAGAGAAUUCUUUCAGACUCUUUUUACGUUGCCCUUACUGGAGCAUCUCCGUCUGGCGUCGAAGAUCAGUCAGUCAAGCCCAUCGACAUGACAGCCCAUGACCCUUUGCGAUAUGUCGGAGAUAUACUAGCAUGGAUCCACUCAGCCACUGUCAGUGAACGCGAGGCGUUGGAGAUCUUAUUUGUUGCCGAAGGCGAGGAACUCGCCAAGGGACUAAAGUCGGGACGAGAUGCAGAGAUCUGGCGGUUAGUGGCCGAUGACGACGACGAGGCUGAAGCAGAAGACUUCAAUGCCUUGAAGGCCCUACACGACUUGGUUGACCGGGAUAUUUCAGGCGCCGCUCGGGUACUGCGCCAAAGGGUUGAGCAGGUCAUCCAAGCCAACGAGGACAUUAUUCCAGCAUACAAGCUGGCCAAUCUCAUCAAUUUUUACCGCAUCACAUUCCAAAAGACGCUCGGUCCAGGUUCCAACCUCGUAGAGCUAAUUGGAAGUCUAGAAACGGAGGCUCUUCGCCAGUUCCGUGCAUUGGUUCGGGAUCACAUUGCGGCCAUCCAAGGCGAAUUCCAGCAUGCUCCAUCCGACCUAGGCCCACCGCUCUUCUUACAGGAUUCACUCAAGCAGUUGAAUUCCAUCAGCAAAACGUACGACUCGUCCCUAUCUGCCUCGGAGGAUCGCGAGGCUGAGUUUGAAAAUGUCCUGGCGGAAGCAUUCGAACCUUUCCUGGCUGGCUGUGAGAAUAUGGCCAAGACCAUGGAAAAGCGAAACGGGACAAUAUUUCUCAUCAACUGCAUGCUCUCUGCAGCUGCGGCACUCGAAGUGUUUGAUUUCACUCAGACUAGAAGCAGGCGGCUCCGAGAGAAGACGUCUGAGGAAUCCAAGAAGCUCGUCGGGAGCCAAUACGCUUUCUUCCGCAAGGGUUCGGGGUUGGAGCCCAUUCUCAACACGUUGCAUGCAGAUGGGACAAACGGGGCUGCCUCAUUGGAUAGAGAUGUGUUGAGCCAGGCAAGCCAGGUCUUGGACGAUUUCCUGCCCUCGGCGCUGAUGGAUGCCAUGGAGAAUCUGAAGCAUCUCCAGGACUCCAAACUCGCCCGGCAGAUCACGGAGGAGGCGGCGGAGAAGUUUUGCGAUGACUUUGAGCAGCUCGAGGAAGAAAUAGCGGACGGCGAGGAGGACUCUGUCGACUCAGAUGACGAUGACGCAAUGUUGCGCAACAAAGGCCUGGCUGUCCUGCAAAAGACAUACGAUGAGAGCUAUCUGAGCUGCUCAACCGCCGUUUACUACGAAGGCCAGGGAAAUGAAAUCGAGGCGAUGCGCCACUGGAGAAGCGCACUCGACCAGAUUUACGACUAUCAGGCGAACCGGGCGGUCCCAGCGUUGCAAGAUGCCCUUAAAGAGCUCGAGUUGCAGUGCAAGGAGCGGAUCGACCUCCUUGAGGCGCUGCGGAUCUCACGAAAUGACGACGUUAACUCAUCAUUUUUAGCGGAGACUGACAGUCAGGCCAAGGGAGGCAUAGGUCAAGGGACGAUUCCCGCCGUGACAUACUCGGAACUAUCACGCCCAGCACUGCCACAACGACCCUCUCUUUCCAUGCGUCGAUCUUCCGAAAAUGCUCUCGUCAACGGUAGUAGUUCAUACCUCGAACCGGUGCCAUCGACAAGCUCGGUGUCGAGAACAGUAUCCCCCAAAUUGCCUCCGAGGCCAGGCAAGACUUUGCGAUCUCCCAGUCCCGAAAAACACACCAUGAGAACUACUCUGCGAUCAGGAAAGGUGGGUGAAAGACCUGCCAAGAUGACUCGCAAGUCAUCCAAACCUGCUGGUGAAGGGCCUAGCAAGGCUGCCACCCUCGCGUGGAGUGCACUAGGUUCCAAGGACAAGCUCCCAAGAAAUGCCCCCUCUGAUGCUGGGCCAACCCCGUCAAACGCAAGCCCGCGAGCCUCCCUUGACCAGGGCCGCAAGCCACCGUCUGCACCUUUACAAUGGGACAGUCACUCGAGGAGACUUGUAGUGCCUCGAGAAGGCGAGUCAAGCGGAGAUGCCCGCCAUUCUGACGAAUAUUUCUAUGCGAGGCCAUCCCUUCUCUCUGUAAGCGCCGCCUCCAGUGCCCUCGGGGCGUUAUCACUCCAGGAUCCCCCAUCAACAGAGCCAGGGCCUAGCCGCUCGGAGCGGCUCGCCAGUGGUCGAGUUGGUUCUUCCGCAAUUUCCCCCCGCAAAUCCUCGAGGCAACAUGAACCUGCCAAGGACCCUGGGGCCGCGGAUGAUUCUGGGGAGGUUUCGGAGAGGAGGACGGUGUCAGAUUCUCCUGCAGGGAAAACCCCAGCAGUGAAGCGGUUCGGCGGGCCAUCCAAACAACCAAAGCCUGACUCGGAAAAGGCAAAUCGCUCUCGUCGGCGUGAACAGAAGCCACGCCCUGUUUCCAUUUCGAGCGGAUCUGGAGAGGACUCCGGCCAACCUCCAGCCAGAGGUCGUCGAUUAAAGCCAAAGGAAGCCGCCAUCCAAGCUGACUCGGAAGCUCAAACUUCGGACGAGUCCCCAGCAGAAGAGAGCCCGUGCGAGAUGACUACGUGGAAGAAGAAGAAGGCCACAAUUAUGAAGAGUUUGCCCCCAGGUAUUGAUGAAACGGCUGCGAAGCAGAUUCUCAACGAUAUUGUCGUUCAGGGAGAUGAGGUUCACUGGGGUGAUGUUGCAGGCUUGGAAAUUGCCAAGAAUGCCCUUCGGGAGACCGUGGUGUAUCCAUUCCUCCGCCCAGACCUAUUCAUGGGAUUACGGGAGCCAGCCAGGGGCAUGUUGCUUUUUGGCCCGCCUGGCACGGGAAAGACCAUGUUGGCGAGAGCUGUUGCAACAGAGUCACAAUCCACUUUUUUCUCUAUCUCAGCGAGCAGCUUGACAAGCAAGUACCUGGGCGAGUCCGAGAAGCUGGUGAGGGCCCUCUUUGGGCUCGCUCGGACGCUCGCUCCGAGCAUUAUAUUUGUCGACGAAAUCGAUUCCCUACUAUCACAGCGAUCAGGCUCGGGAGAACAUGAGGCUACUAGGAGGAUCAAGACCGAGUUUCUCAUCCAAUGGAGUGACCUUCAACGAGCAGCUGCAGGAAAGGAGGUCAGUGAUAAGGACAAGGAACGGGGUGAUGCGAACCGGGUGUUGGUGCUGGCUGCAACAAAUCUGCCCUGGGCAAUCGAUGAGGCUGCCAGACGACGUUUUGUAAGACGGCAAUACAUACCACUCCCAGAGCCAACCACCCGAGAGACGCAGCUGCGGACGCUCCUAGGACAGCAAAAGCACGACCUAUCAGACGAUGACAUUCACAGGCUGGUAGAGCUAACAGAUGGAUUUUCUGGUUCGGACAUCACAGCCCUGGCCAAGGAUGCGGCCAUGGGACCUCUACGAUCAUUGGGUGAAGCAUUGCUACACAUGACAAUGGAUCAGAUCCGGUCGAUCGGGCUUCCCGACUUUGAAGCAAGUCUAAAUACGAUCCGACCCAGCGUAAGCAAGUCGGGGUUAAAGGAGUACGAGGAUUGGGCAAAGGAGUUUGGAGAACGGGGCGGCUAG